AUGUCUGUUCUGGAAUCCAGCGCCCAGGCGCAUCCUCAGCCCGCCAUCUGGAGGAGCACCGCAGACGACGACUCGACGCUGCUGGAUGACCUGGAUCAUGAGCCCAAGGUGCUCAAGUGGUACGGCGACUGGGAUGAGUGGCGGCGCGAUAUCCAGCCCUACAUCGACGUCUUCAUCUGGCGCUACAUGUGGUCGGACAAGGCCGCCGACGACUUGCCCGCCUGUCCGGUGCCGCCGCAGGUCCAGCAGUUUAACCCUCACGCGAGAGACGUCUCGGAGCUGACGAGGGACGAGUUCGGCCUGUACCAUGACCAGAACAAGAUCUACUACUCCAAGAAGCAGGAGUUUGACCGCCGCGGCGAAAUGGUCGACAAGACAAAGGCGCUGAUCUUGCGCACCGUCGUGCCGGCCAAGGCCGAGGCGCUGGACGAGAAGCUCUCGCUGCGUGAGUGGAUGGCGAUCCUCAAGGCCUCCACGGCGCCGACGUAUCGCCAGCGGAUUGAGAUGGAGCGGGUUCACUACAACAACGUGCUGGAGCGGUUCGACCUGGAGGGCGAGAGCAGCGGCGUCGAGGAGGACUGGGCUCACGAGUGGUACAGCGCGGUGACGAGAUGCCACAGGUUGAAUUUCCCGGAGACGCACUGCGGGACGUGGUUGCGAGAUGUGGCGGAUUGCAUCUUGCCGUAUUCGCCGGGGUUGUUUGAGAGGUUGAUGCUGGGGGCUGACAAGCUGGAUCUUGCGGCGAUUGAGUGGAGGAGUGAAGCAGAGGCCGCGAUUGCUUUCAAGAAGACGCAUAAAUGCAGCAGCAGCAACAAUAACAGUCAUCGACGGGAAGACUCCCAAAGCGACAGCAACAGCAACGCACCAUCUGUCCCUGUGCCACCACAGCCCUUCCGGGACGACAAAGAAGUCGUCGAACUGGCCGCCGCCAUCAUGCCCGCCGAAGAAGACCGGAUAUGGACCUUUCUAGAAGUCUACCGCGAGAUCCGCGACCUCGACUUCUCCGCCUCAUCGGAAGCAGACGUGGCCCUCGGCAACGACGCCGACGCCGCCUCCUGGAAAGCCGACGACUCACCGCUCUGCCCGGCCUGCAACCUCAAGGGCCACGAGCUGCGGCACUGCUGGUACGCGUUUGAGGACCGCCGGCCAAAGGGCGUGAUGCUGAGCCGGUCUCGCCUGCGGCGGGUGGAAAAGGCCAUUCGCUCGGACAAGAACCUGGAGCAGCGAGUGGAGGACAUUUAUACGGCGUUUACGGGGGGGAGGUUUUAUCAGCGGCAGCUUAUGCUGGGCUCGACGCAGUCUACGUGGUGA